AUGGGACAUCCCACUGAUGCAUGUCCUCAAUUACAAGAGGAGCAGAAUGAGCAAGCAAAUGCAAUGGGUUUCCAAGGGCAAGGUCCUCAGAGAAGAUAUAAUCCCUAUUCAAAUACAUACAAUCCAGGAUGGAGGGAUCAUCCAAAUUUGAGAUAUGGGAACUCCCAAGGGAACCAACAACAACAAAAUGCUCAAGGCCAGCAACACAAAAUAUGGUGCAAUUUCAGCAAGAAAACCAGAUCAAGUAUUCAAAACCUAGAGAAUCAAUUUAGUCAAAUCUCUAGUGCAGUAAGCCGACUUGAAGCUAAGGACUCUGGAAAGCUUCCAUCUCAAACGGAGCUGAAUCCUAAGCAACAGGUCAAUGCAAUAACAUUGAGAAAUGGCAAAGAGUUGCAAGAAACUGCAGUUGCAACUAAGAGGGCUAAAGACUUGAUUGGAACUGAAGAGCAAGAAGUAGAACAUGAAGCUGUGGCGAAUCCACCAACUUUUCCCUCUUAUGAACCCACACCACCUUUCCCUGAAGCCUUACAAGAUACUCGAAGGUAUGAGAAAGACAAGGAUAUUUAUGAGACUUUUAGCAAAUGUGAGGUAAAUAUUCCCCUCUUGAAUGUGAUUAAAAGUAUUCCUCGUUUUGCUAAGUUUAUGAAAGAACUGUGUACUAUCAAGAGAAAGCAUAAGUUGGGAGGAAAAGAGAAGGUAAAGGUGAGUGCUCAUGUUUCUGCGGUUUUCCAAAAGAAAAUCCCAGAAAAAUGUGGUGAUCCUGGUAUGUUUAUUGUUCCUGUUAUAAUAGGAGACACCACAUUGCACCGAGCUAUGUUGGACCUAGGUGCAUCAAUCAAUGUCAUCCCCUACUCCCUGUUUAAAUCUUUAAAACUUGGACCUUUACAUGGAACUGGGGUAGUGAUUCAGUUAGCGGAUAGGUCUAAUGUGUAUCCUAAGGGGGUGGUGGAAGAUGUGUUGGUUAAGGUUGAUGGUUUGAUUUUUCCUGCUGACUUUUAUGUGCUUGACAUGGAACAUGACAAACAAGCAGUCCCCAUCUUGUUAGGAAGACCUUUCUUGAAGACUGCUAAAACAAAAAUCGAUGUGUCUACCGGUUCCUUGACUAUGGAGGUUGAUGGGAAAGAAAUUGGGUAUAACAUUUAUGAUUCCAUAAAGUAUCCUGUCAACACUCAUUCUUUAUGUUCUCUUAAUGUUGUCGAUCCAAUGGUGCAUGAUGUUCCUAACAAUGAUCGUGGGGAUGAGUUCCUCACACCUAUAACUAAUGUUGUAUCUGGUGAUUGCUUGGAUUUCUCUAUGCCUACUAAUGUGCAGGUGAAGGUGGGGGAAUUGAAUGAACAUUCCAAGCUUCCACCUAUACCACCAGGUUCAACAAUCGGUCCGUCUGCAAUUCCGGGCAAGAAAUUGUCCCAUUUAUACCACAAAGCAAAGAAUAGGUUGUGGCAUGACAAGAUGAUUGCUAGGAAGAAGGUGGAGGCCUCGGGAGCAUCUUUUAUGCCCGAAACACAGCAAAAACAAGCUGAAACAGAGCCAAAGGGGACAUUCCCUGCUGAAGCCGCUGGCAGCUGCUCUGCAGCCGCUACCAGCGGGUCUUCAGGCAGCCCAAAACCCCAGGCUCUGUCCCAGCCGCUGUUGUGCAAGUUGAAUUUCUCGUAA